AUGAUGGUUCUGGUGGUGACGAAUGGAUGGAGGCAGUCGACCCGCCGUAGACGCAACCAGAUCGGUUCGCAGGAUGAGGCUGGCAGCACGAGCGGAACCAAGUGCAAGUGGCCCAUCUGCGGCUACGGAUGCUCGGCCUGCUGCUCGGUUAUCUCGGCCUGGGGUCUGGUCAUGCUCGCUGUCCUGGGCUUCUUGUUCUCUGGCAACGAUAACCUCGUCGACCCGGAGGGCGAGAUGAACAAGUCCGACAAGGAGAAGACAGGCACCGCCUGCUACAUCGCUGCAGGCAUGUACCUUGCCACCUUUAUCUUCUCGGUCUGGCAGUUCAAGCUCAAUACAUCAAAGUAA